AUGAAAUUCUAUAUGGAUAGUAGUAUUUUUUUGAUACUUGUGUCAUAUAAUACCUUUAUUUCUUCUCCAAAGUCAUCAGAUAAUACGCUUGUAACCUACAAUGAUAACCGCCCAGUAAAAGCCUGUUUUGUAGUUUUAGUUCGAAAUAGUGAAUUAGAUGGUAUCAUGUCAACCAUGGUGCAACUAGAGAAGACGUUUAAUUCAAAAUUCAAUUAUCCUUACGUUUUUUUAAAUGAUGAUUACUUUACUGAGGAAUUUAAAGAAAGAACAUCUGCGUUGACAAGAGCAGAAACAAAGUACGGAAAGGUAGAUCAACAGAUGUGGGGAUAUCCCGAUUAUAUUAACCAAACCUUGGCUGCUGAGAGUCGAGCUGAAAUGGCAAAGAUGAAUGUUCCUUAUGCAGAUAGUGAAUCUUAUAGACAUAUGUGUAGAUUUCAGAGUGGGUUCUUUUUUAGACAUCCUUUAUUAGAUGAAUACGAUUAUUAUUGGAGAAUUGAACCUUAUGUUGAUUAUACCUGUGAUAUUGAUUAUGAUGUGUUCAAAUUUAUGAGAAACAAUAACAAGAAAUAUGGCUUCACCAUUACAUUCACAGAAUUCCCUCAAACAGUCCCUUCAUUAUGGCAGACAGUAAUGAACUUUAAAAGAGAUCAUCCAGAUGUAGUAGCUCAUUGGCCAUCAAAGGAGGAUUCUUUAAUCAAGUUUGUUGCAUCAAAGGAUGAAGAGUCUUAUAAUGGUUGUCAUUUUUGGACUAACUUUGAAAUUGCUUCUCUUGAACUAUGGCGUUCAAAUGAUUAUCUUAAAUUCUUUCAUUAUCUUGAUCAAUCAGGAGGUUUCUUUUAUGAAAGAUGGGGUGAUGCGCCUGUUCAUUCAAUUGCGGCUUCACUUAUGCUUCAUAAAGAUAAAUUUCAUUUCUUUAAUGAUAUUGGUUAUAGACACUCUGCUUAUACUCAUUGUCCUAGUGAACCAGAAUAUCGCGAUAAAUGCUCUUGUGAUCCAAAUAUAAGCUUAGAUUAUAAGGAUCCAAUAUCUUGUCUUUCUGUCUAUGAUGCUGCAUUUUAA